AUGGGCGACGACGGCGGCGCCGGCGUGAAGGUGGCCGCGGCGGCGGCGACGGCGACGACGACGACGGGGAUGAAGCAGAUCACGCGGCUGCGGGAGCUGCUGCACAAGUGGCAGGCCAUGGCGAUGGGGGCGAAAGGUGGAGAGGAAGAGGAAGAGGAGGAGGUGGAGGAAGGAGUGGUGGAUGCUCCGGCGGCGGCGGCGAUACCGCCGUUCGUGAUGCGGCGGCUGCAGAGGACGGUGACGGUGGACUCGGACGACGAGAGCUGCCAGAGCCCGGAGCCGCCGGCGGACGUGCCGAGGGGGUACUGCCCGGUGUACGUGGGGCCGGAGCAGCGGCGGUUCGUCAUCCCGACGGGGUACCUCGGCCACCCGGUGUUCCGGCUGCUGCUGGAGAAGGCCGAGGAGGAGUUCGGGUUCCGGCACGAGGGCGCGCUCGCCAUCCCCUGCGAGACCGAGACCUUCAAGUACAUCCUCCAGUGCGUCGAGCGCCACGACAAGGGCCUCGCCCCCGCCUCCGCCGGCGCCGGUGACGCCGACGCCGUUGUCGUCGACGGCAUGCUUCGCGAUUAGCUAUACCAUCAAUCAAUUCGUUGAUUAUUUAGCUUCAGAGUUUAAUUAUAUUAGCAUAUGAAUUAUGGAUGUGAUUGAUCGUCUAAUGCAGAAGGGGAACAGAGUCGUCAGAAUCAUGCACGCAUCGUAAUUCGUUGACGGUGAUGAUUACUGUAAACUUGUAAUGAUAAUGCAUUUUCUUGUACUACGUACGCUGUUGAUUGUAACAGUUUCACUAGAAGAAAACCGAAAUUCCUA